ACUUUAUGUCAAGGAAGAAAAGACCAAAUGAUUCACAGCCCAUGGAUGCACCCCACCAGACCAAAAGAACAAUUUACACCCAUUGUGUGAAUCUCUCAACAGAUCUACUAUAUCUUGAGCCGGUUGCAGAUGUUGUUCCUGUUCCAAUGAAGAUGAACAGUUUACUGUCUCUUUGUUUAAAGACUAUGGGACUGUGUCUGCCUGCUGGGGAGAAUUCCAUUAAUAAUGGUAUUUUAGAGCCCAUUGCAGGAUUUACUGACUAUUGCGAGACUGUGCUACUGGGCCUGUUCUGUACUAUUGCGUAUAACCCAAAGGAGAAUAUAUUCACAGUUGACCACAUAAAGUCUGCCUCUAAGCAGCUGAAAAGCUUUUUCCGAAAACACAAAUACAUGUAUGGAGCAGUGACAGAGGAAAUGCACGAUGAGUGGAACCAAGUAAUGGGGUGUCUAUCAGAUCCAAACAUACAAUAUAUGCGGCCAGACAGAAACCAGCUUGUGCCAGGAAUAGUAAACAUGCUGUAUGUCAUUAAAGAGAUAGCAGGAGUGGGUGAUACAGUGCAGAUAGAUGAGUUUAGAGAAAGACUAAAGAGGAUAGAGGAGGAGCAGAAGGUCCAGGAAGUAAAACUUAUUUAUAGAAAACUUACAAAAGAUGCAAACAAUACAGAAGAAAAGAAAAAUGAAAUGAAAUUACAAAUAUUAGGCGUGAUUGAUGUGAAAAGACUGAAUAAAAUAAGGGUCCUUGAUGAGAAACUUAGAAAAGAAAAAAACAGAAAAGAAGCAGAUGAAAUCAAGCGAGAGAUACACGAACUAAUGGAUAUUGACUUGUUAUAUAAAAGUUAUACUGAGCAAGAGGAGGUGCUGAAAACUGAACUAGAAAACAAUAUAAAAGAAUAUCUGACAGAAGUAAUUACGAAAAUUGCAAUAGCUAAGGAUGUCACUAUUUCAAUAGAUUUCAUGUUUAAAAAGACUGUUAAAGAAAGCUGUAGCGAUGCAUUUGCCGAUUUAACCAUACUUUAUGGACAUGCAUCUUAUCACCAUUCUUUUAACGCUUUUUUUAGGUAUAGCCCAAAAGUGAUAGAAGUGAAUUUUAGCAUCACUUCUAAUGGAAUUGAUGCGCCAUGUCCAGUGGAGAACAAAAUAUCGGGGAUAUUUGAGAGAAAAGCGCCUAUUCUAGAAAUAUAUGAAUUAGAGCGCAGUAGAUAUUAUAAACCAACAAAGAUGAAACAGGGCACACUUUUCUAUGUGGAUAUAACCCGAGAUUUGGACAUAAAUCUGCUUGAUAUUCUAAUGCACAUUCCAAAACACAAAAUAUAUAUUAUAUGGGCUCUGCUGCUACAUGCAAUAGACAGAAAUCUUGACAGCGGCCACCCUUUUGUGCGCCUGGCAGAUAACCUCCUGGAGAGUGCUCGCUUCAUGUAUAUCGACCAAAAGAAUGAAAUGUUUAUGCUGCUUAGCCUCAUCUCAGUAGACAAGUACUAUCCGCACAUAACCAUAGACGAGCAUGCGUAUGGAAAUGAAGAAUAUUUUGCAGAAGUAAUAGAGAAUCUAUUGGAGUUGGCAAACAGUGCAACACUUGUGUCCCGCAAAGUGUGUGCUGAUAUAAUAACUAAACUAAUGAUUAAGUUGUUGAGGACUUUCCGGAGAGAUAAUGAAUAUUCAGAAUUGAAGUGUUUUGCUAGAAGGCUCAAUAAUAGACCCGAAGCAAAAUCUUUAUUUGUCAAGAUUUUGACACUGGAUGGAACCACCGUGGAGUAUAUUGCUAGAAUUGUUCAAUCUACGCAGGGAAUGGGAGAUGAAGACCCCGCUGAUGGUUGUAAGGGAUACAUUAAUGUGUUUUUGAUGUGGAUUAUUCAGAAUACAAUUGAAUCUAAAUGUAAUUACUGGCAGGCUAUAGUAAAAGGAUGCUAUGACUUAAUUGACAUAACAGAACUCAGAAAGAGAAAUUUUAGUGAUCUUUCUUCUUUAUUCGGUCGUGCUACAGGUCUAUUACCCGUGUUUAGAUUCAUAAAACCUAUAGUGUGCGUUGAGCAUGAUGCAGAGAGCGUGGAAAGGUUUGGAUCAAUCAAAGAGCUAUUUAAUGAACUUGUGCAUUGGUAA